CACAAAGAAGUGUGGCAGCGAUUGAAGUCAUAACAAACAAUCCUAGCGGCCGGCUAGCGCAACUUCACCUGGCCUCUGCAUUUAAAUCAUUUUAACAACAGCCUUUCGACAGAUGCGACUCCGUAGGAAACAUGGAAUUAGCUUAACAGGCAGCGGGACCGAGACGACAUUAACGCUAAAAUAUCGAGAAGCGCUGUGAAAGUCUCUUCUCUGCUUGGAUAUUGAUGAUCGUGGUCCAAGGAUGGGGCACGUCUGUGUGUGGAGUGUCGGGUGUUUUCUGAGCAUCUUCAGCUGCCUUCUCCUCGCACCACCUACCACAGAUGCAUACAUCAUUGCUCACUACGGCAACAACUCUGCCAUAUUUGAAGACCUACCCGCCUCGUUUGGAUCCCCUCUCCGAAAAGAUGGACUGAGGGGGAUAUUAGUGGCGGCCCGUCCUGUCAACGGCUGUUCCACGAUAGACCCCCCUCCUCCUCUGCCGCCUGCCCUGGACUCCAACAGCACCAAAGUCAUCGCUCUUAUCCAACGAUCUGACUGCUAUUUUGAUAUAAAGGUGCUGCACGCUCAGCAAGCUGGUUACGACGCCGUCAUCGUUCACAACAUGUACUCUGAUUUUCUGCUCAACAUGAAGUACAACAACGCAUCUAUCGCGGAGGAGAUCACCAUCCCAUCCGUGUUCAUUGGCUACAACGCCUCCCAAUUCCUCAGGAAGAAUAUCAUCCCUGAAGCCGGAUCCUUCCUGAUCGUCAUGCCAGAUUUUGUGUUCCCCCUCUCCUACUAUCUGAUCCCCUUCACUGGAGUGGUCGGCAUGGUUAUUCUUGUCAUGUGUGUCAUCCUGAUCAUUCGUUGUGUACAGUACCGGAAGCGGAUGAGGAAAAAUCGCUUGACGAAGGAACAGCUGAGGCGCAUCCCAACUCACAAGUUCACAAAAGGUGACGACUAUGAUGUCUGUGCCAUCUGCCUGGACGAGUAUGAAGAAGGCGACAAGCUUCGAGUUUUGCCAUGUUCACACGCCUACCACUGCAGGUGCGUGGACCCCUGGCUCACCAAGACCAAGAAGACUUGUCCCGUCUGCAAGCAGCGCGUGACGCGAAGCAGCACGGAGCACUCUGAGUCUGACACGGAGGAGGAUGCCGAGAGCCGCGGGGAGGACGACGGUGCCGAGGAGGAGCCGGACUCUGAGCGCACGCCGUUGCUCCGACCCUCCUAUCCCGGAACCCCUUCUGGAAGCCCGACGGAUUACCUGACCAACACUACGGUGACCAACGCCCAGUGCCUCACCCCUCCCGCCCACCACCACCACGAACCCCCUGUGCUGGAUUACGAAGGGUACUAUUCCCCCGAGGAGGGCACAGACACAGACAGUGAGGUGUCAGCCGGAGACGGGCGCCUCAGUGACGACGACACGGCUCAGCUCAUUGGCCGGAACACGAUGCAGGUUUGAUGGUGUCACGUCACACACUGUCGCACUUAGUGUCAGUGCAGCACUCACUAGUAAAACCUUCACUCCGACACAGAUUUCUGACACCGAACCUAACCACUAGUGCUGCGGAGACACGGGCGGGAACUUCAUGCUCAGAAUGAGUUGGGUGUUUUAGUGCAAUAUAAUCAUUUUUGUCUGUACGUUGAACUAACCAACUGAGAGAACAUUUUUGAAUCAUCUUUUUAACAUUGAACUCUCUCAGCUUGGGCGUCGCAUUUUUCACGUGGCUGUCAUGAGAGGAUGUUUUUGAGCUUCGUCAAGUGGAACAAAUGCUCUAAUUGUUGUGGCUGCACAUGAAAUCAUCACUUAUAGAAUGUUACUUUUCGGAGGAGGGUUCAUGAAUGUUGCCUUAUGUUCUUUUGUUUUGAAGAGGGAUACCCCGCUUGUGUGUAUAUCAGUGUGCAGAUGAAAUGGCUCUGGACGGCACCACACGAUGGUUCUGUUUAUCGUCACGAAGCCGGUUUGUCGACAUGCUUGCGCAGGGACGGUGAUCUGUGCGGCGUCAUGACUGUUUGAUUUACAUCUCAAGUUUAAACAGGUUGUACGGCUUUGGCAAUAAGUUGUCGUCCGUUUUAUCUUAAUGGCUCAAUCUUUGAAGCUACGUUCACGUUGCUGGCCUUGUUUUUAAGUUGGACUGGAUUCUUGCCCUAAAAGAGCCUUUACAUUCUAAACUACAAUAAUGGGGUUUUUAUUUCAGAAACUAGCCACGUUUUACUAAGCUAUGAUAGUAACUCCUUAACUGUGACUCGUUGUCAUGUGACACGGAAAUGAAAUGUCAUCUUUGUCAUGAUUUUAUCUCUUUCUUAAGCCAUUUUUAAAAACCAGAGUAUCAAGUAAAACGCAAAUUAUUCUGCACAUCUCUUCUCAAAAACUGAGCCACAGAUGGCUGCUUUUUUUUUUUUAUGUAAAGCUAAACCUGGUCCAGCUUGCCUGGGGAGCGUGACUCAGUAGGUCUGUAACACUCAGAGGCCAUAUGAAUGGACGCACGUUUUAUGUGAACUGAAAAUAAUCAUAGCUCCAUGAAGAGUAUGGACUUUUAAGGACGUACACCACUCAAUGAUUCAUUUAAUGGGCCUUUUUGUAGCCAAGAAUCUUAAAUCUUAAACAUGGAUGUGUGUGCAAUAACGGACUGGUAGAUGUAUGUGUUGCCAUAAUGCUUCAUUGUGGCUUCAUAUUUGGAGGUCUGGCAACGUGAACGUGACCCAAGAUGAUUUUAUCAUCCAGAUUUACACUUUAAACUUGUCACUGUUGUGCCUGAUGUUUGGCACUACAUACCGCAUCAAGUCCCAGAUGUAAGGAAGCUUUCACUGUCAGAGAUCAUUGAAAAGAUUAAAACCGAACUGGACUUUGGUGUGAUUCAUUCAUUUCUGCACCACUCAUAAUGGGUUAUAUAUAUUCAUUCACAAGUAUAGAAGCAGAGACAUGAGCGCA